AGAGGAAGGGGGAAGAAAACGCGGCAUUGGAUUUGGUUGUGGAAUCCGUGGAUUGAUUCCAAGUGCGGUAAUGUUAUGUCUCAAAUUGGCGUCCCCCCUUCUCCCUCCCUCCCCUCCCCUUUGAGUCAGACUAAUCAAUCUUAAGUCUCCGCCAUUUCUCUCCGACUGACUGAUAGGUCUUGAGUUUUGAUUUCGGUCAGUGGUGUCUAUUCUAUUACUAUAUCUGAACUGAAGCAUGGGAAAUUGCUGCUCCGAUGGCGGCAGCGGGAGGGCGGCCAUUGGAGCCACGGCAGCCUAUCCCACUAUCGACGGCCCCAACGACGCCGUCCAACUCUUCCUCAGUGCUCGGGGAUGCCACGGCCUUUUUUCCCAGAUCGAGCUGUCUUUCUCUGCAUUAGGAUUGCGGGAUCGAGAUCUGUGUUCCAAGAGUGACCCUUUGUUGGUUAUCUAUGUAAGAGGACGAGAUGGAGCAGUUCAAGAGGUGGGACGGACUGAGGUGGUCCUUAAUUCAUUUAAUCCCACAUGGAUCACAAAACAUACUAUGGCAUUCCAGUUUGAGGUUGUGCAAACACUAAUAUUCCGUGUAUAUGAUGUGGACACUCCAUUUCACAACGUGGAAGUGAAGAUGCUUAAGCUGGAUGAGCAACAGUUUCUUGGUGAGGCAACCUGUGCUCUCUCCCAGAUAGUCACAAAAUCAAGCAGAUCAUUGACCUUAGACCUUGUACCUGGUACAGAAGCUGCAGAUUCAGUUUGUUCCCAGAGUUGUGGAAAACUUAUAGUGCAUGCUGAGGAAUGUAUAGGUUCAAAGACUACAACAGAGAUUAUUUUCAGAUGUUCAGAUUUUGAACACAAGACUCUUUUCUCAAGGAGUGAUCCCUUCCUUGUAAUAUCUAAAAUAGUGGAGAAUGGAAUCCCAAUUCCGAUUUGCAAAUCCGAAGUGAUAAAGAAUGAUCCGAGACUUGCCUGGAAGUCAGUAUUUUUGAAUAUCCAACAAGUUGGAAGCAAGGACAGUCCAUUGGUAAUUGAAUGCUUCAACUUCAAUAGCAAUGGCAAGCAUGAUUUGGUUGGGAAGGUUCAGAAAUCAUUGGUGGACUUGGAAAGGCUUCAUUCCAGUGGGCAGGGAGAAAAUCUGUUCUACCCGACUUCUUCUGGAAAUAAUUACCAAAACAAGAUAUUGAAGAGCCAGCUAUUUGUGGAUACGUUUAAUGAGAGCAUCCAAUGUUCUUUUCUGGAUUACUUGGCUGAGGGAUUUGAACUGAAUUUUAUGGUGGCUAUUGAUUUUACAGCUUCAAAUGGAAAUCCUCGCCUUCCUGAUUCCCUGCAUUAUAUUGAUCCCUCAGGACAUCCAAAUGCAUAUCAGAGAGCAGUCCUUGAAGUUGGAGAAGUUCUGCAGUUCUAUGAUACUGACAGGCGAUUUCCUGCAUGGGGUUUCGGAGCCAGGCCAAUUGAUGGUCCUGUCUCUCACUGUUUCAACCUGAAUGGAAGCAGUAACUACUGUGAGGUUGAAGGAAUUCAGGGGAUCAUGAUGGCCUAUAUGAGUGCUCUCCUUAAUGUUUCGCUUGCAGGGCCGACUCUUUUUGGACCCGUUAUCACCAAUGCUGCACUACUUGCCAGCCAAUCACUUGCAAACAGUUGGCACAAGUACUUUGUGUUGUUAAUAAUCACUGAUGGUGUUGUGACCGAUCUUCAAGAAACUAAAGAUGCGCUUGUGAAAGCAUCUGACCUACCGUUGUCAAUACUCAUAGUUGGAGUCGGGGGAGCCGAUUUCAAGGAAAUGGAGAUUCUAGAUGCAGACAAGGGUGAUCGACUGGAAAGUUCGAAUGGCCGUGUUGCUUCACGUGACAUUGUCCAGUUUGUUCCUUUGCGGGAUGUGCAGAGUGAGUUGCUGCUGUACUACAUUUCAGUUUGGUGGUUUUACUGCUUUUUAGUCACUACCCUUCCAUUUGUAGGUGGAGAGAUAUCUGCUAUUCAGUCACUUCUGGCAGAACUACCCACACAGUUCUUAACCUUUAUGCGGACCAGAGAUAUAAGACCAAGUUAAACAUGGAUUUAUUGUAACUGUAAAUCACAGAAAAUUCAUAAAGAAGAUUUGCGAAUAAGAUUGCCUGCUUAGGAGGCGGCUUGUUUUCUCCUCCGCUUGGCUUUCUGCAAAAGGUAUCACAGUUAAUUGUGAGGUCCUUCUAAGAAGAUUAAGAACCGAAGGAUUCUGGCAAGGGGGAAGCCUCAUAUGGCUGCCAAUGUGGAUUUGCUUGUAGCCAACAAUUUCCACUCCAUGGACAGACAGACCAGAAUGAGAAAUCACUGGUGCUAAAUAUUGCCUUAUGAGAUUCAGCACAUACUGUUGAUAUGAGAACCUGGCCGAGGACAUCAGGCGCCUGUCGCACUUCUAACCACCCUCUCUUUCUUUGUACCAGACAGUUCUUUUUGUCUUUGCAAGUUCUGUGUCCGAUCUUGUUUAGCAGUCCUCUCUCUGGGAAGGGGCAGAUUGGAGGAAUGAUUGAUGAACUGUUUCCAAUGUAACUCAGCUUAAACAAACGUGCAUAUUCUCUUUGAAUCCCAUACCUAUUGCAUUUUUAUC